UAUGUGUAUCACCAUGCGUGAGGCAUGGCUGACCAUAGACCGGCUCAGAAGUGGCCGAGACAUUCGCCUCUCGACCGCGACCAUGAGAGCACUCAACUCUCGACGCCCACGGUCAACCGCGAGCAUCUAUCGGCUCGUGCCUCGCUCGACUCUUUGUUUCUUCUUUCUGCUUUGCGUCCUUCAUCACACACGAGCGCGAAGUGUGCCUCACGAUGACGGCAGCGUCAUUGCGGACCAAGUGCACGAUAAGAUUUCGAAACCGGUAGAGGUGAGUGAUCCUGACGACGUAAACAAAGAGGAUGUGGAUCAAGCACGAAAAAGCUUGGCGAUAGCAGAACAUGAAGAUGAAGAUGAAGAUGUUAGUGAAGGAAGAGAUAACUCAAAGGAAGAGAUACUCGUCGAGGAUCCUGAAAAGAUUCAGGCCGAAGCUGCUGGUGAUGAAGGUAGCGUGGCGAAGAAGAGAAGACGAAACGACGUGAGUCUCUCCGGUAAGUCGCAGAAUGGCGAAACUGCUGCACAGAAUGUCGAGGAAAAAGACGAAGGUAUUCGAAGAUUUGACGCUCAAGUCGAGUCUGACGAUACUGAGACAAUACUGGAUCAACGGAAUGUAUCGGACAAUACAGAGAACAGUCAGGAUUCACAAGGAGAUACUAUUGAAAUUAACGUCGAGGAAUUACAUGCGGAUGUAAAAAACGUAGACGUGAAUCCCGAUGAAUAUAGGGCGGAGCCGGAAGAAGAGAAGAACGUAGACACUUCUUCUAGUCUUGGAGAGAAUCUAGAAGAUAUCAUAUUAAAAUGCACGGAUGAAAUGAUAGAUUUAAACAAAGAAGAAAAGCGGCAGAUCGAAAAUUUAGCGGAACACAAUUUGGAUGAGGCACAAAUAGAGAAUACCGAGGAAGUAAACGAGGACGCACGCAAUGAGCUUCGUAGCUUGCAGCUUGCUCAAACGGAAGAAACCGAAAGUAAUCAAGAGGAGCAUGUCGUGGAAGAAACUGAAAGUAAUCAAGAGAAACGUGUGGUCGACGAGGCUUCUAGCAAUGAAGAAAUCGAUGAUGAAGAUCUGGAUCUGAACAGAGAAAAUAGAGCCAAUGUUCCAGGUAAGUCCAAGUACAAGAGUUCGACUGUUUAUUUGAAUGCUGAAGAAGGCAAUUUGCCUGGUCGCGAGCAAGAAUCGAUUGUAGACGGUCAAAUAAAAAAAUUAAUAUCUAUACGAAACGAUGCACUUGAAUCCGUCGGUAACGAUGCGAAAGAGUCGGAAAAAUUUGAUGAAGAGAGUCUUCUUUCAGAGAAAUCGGUUGAGGUUGAAGCGGUUACUGAAAAAGAUGAAGAGAUUCGCAAUCAACGUAGCAGCGACGCGGAAGCGACGUCGAUUCAAAGCGAGAAUCUUGAUCAAUCAUCUUCAACGACGGAAGCCGAUUUAAACCGUUUUCAAAAAUGGAAGAAUCAAGCUGCGUUUCUUCAGGAACAAAUCAAGAACAGAACAUUUUUGCAGUAUUUAAGGGAACAGGCAAUUGAGGUGCUUCCGGAUAUUCCAAAAUUCACGGAAAACCAGUUAUUGGAUACUUUGAAGAAUAUUGCGAUAACGCGGAAGUCACCUACGAACGAAACGUACUUGGCUAGCUUAAACGCGACCGAAUUGACUGAAAACCAAUUAGAAAUAAUAAAGUGUGCCGAGCAACUAGUACAGACAAAACAGCGCCAGUCGUUUGUGGAAAAUAUAGGGGAAUGCAUUCGCGGUCUUAGUGUCCUUAACUGCGUACGCAUCUUCGUCUGGCCCGUCGUGCUCGACAAUCUCCCGGAAUCAGUUAAGCAGCCUCUGAAUUAUCUGCCAAUCGAGGUAAACUUAAUGGAUUUAUUUCAGGGUAACAGAGCCAAAUCUGCGAGAGCAGAGAACAGUAUUCAUCAUCCGUGGUUGCUAACGCCUGAGUUCAUUGUUUUCAACAUUCUGAAGGGUGCUUUGGAAUCGAAAGUCACCUACGACUUGGUGCCGACUUUCAUCGAUCCGACGAACGAAACCCUGAGGGCACUGCUCACUAUCGGCCAAUUCCAAAUUUUGCAGAUGGCCGAGAAACUUUUACCGGGUGAGAGACGUCGCGAAUAUGCCGACAGGAUGUUCUCAUGCGUACGUAGAUUCGAGUACUUCAGCUGCGUCAAAUACUUUGCCUGGCCGAUGGUGAAACAACAUUAUCCGACGCUGCCGGCUUUUCCGGAUUAUCAGAAUUGGUAUCCAUCGAUACCGUUGUAUCCGCAGUACCCUAUUGUUCCCUUUCCCAGUUUUGUGGGGACUCCUGGCGAGCUUCCGGAAGUCAUUGAAGCUGAUGCCACGAGAAUGCGGAAGCCCAAGCCGGAAGCGGUGAUCGUGAACAUCCUUCAGAAUACCUUGAAGGAACACGCGAAGGUUCCUCCUCCAUCUAUCGCUCAUACUACAGAUUCUUACAUUGCUGUACUUCCUCCGGAGCAAUUACUGUCGAUCCACAUGGCUGAACAGCUACUUCCUAUCGCGUAUCGUCCAGAAUUUGUUCAGAAGACUGUUAAGUGCAUUCAGGAAUUUAAUUAUGUAACCUGUUUUAAAUAUUCCACCUGGCCGACGGUCAAGCAGUUUAUUCCCAAUCUACCGGAUAUUUCCGAGUGGCUACCGGACUGGCAAUUGCCAGAUUUCUUCGGUUUGUUACCAAAUUUUCAGAUUCCUGAUUUUUCAUCAAUUUUAGGAGGAAGCCAAUCACCGACUUUACCGAUUCCACCGACUUUACCAAACCCACCGACUACAACGACGCCGCUAGUCACUGAAAAUCCAUCGGAAUCCGCUGGUGCAGAAAAAUUAUCCAAUCGGAUUCCAUUAUUAUCGCGUCAAAACGAAAUUUCUUCCAAAGCAUCCAGCGAAUUAGAAAACAAGGUUACGGAGAUUUUAACAAAGGUACGUAAUUCCCUGAGAGCGACAUCAAGAAAUUCGCAUUUAAUCGUCAACGAAAAUGUCAUUGUUCUGACAACAAUUACUGAGAAACAACUUAAUAUACUACAAUUAGCGGAGAGCAUGGUACCACCUCCGGCUCGGGCACCUCUUGUAGUUCAAGUUAUGUCUUGCCUCCAGGCGAACAACGACUUUCUCAAUUGCACCAGAUACGUCAUUUGGCCCACGGUUGCUCUUUACGUUCCUAAUUUCCCUGAAUUUCCUGAUUUCUCAUCUGCUCAACAACCAUCAAAACAAGAAGACCAAAUACCAUUGAAAGACAAGAACAUUUCAGCCAUCAAGGAUCAGCAGGAAUCGAACAAAUUGCAAACGAAUUCCAACGUGAAGAUUAUUUCUAGAACAAAAUUUUCGCCUAAUAAUGGUCCUGUGAUUAGUGUUACUGGUACCCGAUUUGUGCCGAUAUUUACAGAACAUCCUGAAUCGGUAAUACUUAAUAUUCUCAAGGCGAUUCAGCUAUCUUCGCCAAACGUGAGAGAUGAGCAGAGUGUGAAAAUAACCAGCACGCAACAGUUUGACCAUUUGCUUAAUGAUCAACAACUGAUUAUUCUUAAGAUAACAGAGGGCUUACUACCCGAUGCAACUCGUUCUGCUUUCAUGGAUCGAAUGAUAGAAUGUGUACGCAAGAACAAUUUUCUGGGAUGCUCAAGGACGGUAUUGUGGCCGAGUUUAUCAAAAUAUUUCCCUAGACUGCCCAGCUUUCCAAAUUUCGAAGGACAUCCUCAAGCAGCAAACAGUAAGUCUACAUUACCUCAGAAUCUGACUGACCCUUCGCCGUUGUCGGAGAUUGAUGUGAAAGUCGGUCAGCACGGAGAUGCUACUGUUACCAUUACUGAUACUAGAUUUUAUCCGAUUUUUUCGGAACAUCCAGAAGGUGUAAUUUUAAGAAUACUUAAAACUGUGCAGCAUUCUACGCCGGAAGUCCUGCCUUCAAUGAUUACUUCAAGAUCGCCGCAUGUUACAUCUUAUUUUACGGAACAACAAGGUAAUAUCGUUCAAAUUGCAGAAAGUCUAUUACCGGAAUCAGUAAGACCAAUCUUCGUAGAGAGGAUGAUCGCUUGUGUGCGAGAGAGCACGUUCCUCGACUGUACGAGGAAUAUAGCUUGGCCGACAAUUGCUCAAUUCUUCCCAAGAUUGCCAAACUUUCCAAAUUUUGGAAAUUUUCAAAUUCUGCCAAGAACUAAACUCGAUUUAUCAUCGAUCAUACUACGCAACGCUUAUUCCGAUAAUCAGACAUCUAAUGAAAAGGGCGAAAAUAUAUCAAAGAUUGCCAUAGAAACAAUUGAGGGUAAAAUAGAGAGUACAUUAAAGGAUUUGUUAAGUAAGAACUCGUCGCCGCGUUCAAAAGAUUCUUACCUAGACGUCAAUAAUCCUGUGAUAGACACUCUUCUGACUGCUCAGGAGAUGAACAUUGUCAGAUUGGCUGAGAGAGCAAUACCGGAUUUGGUACGUCGCGAAUAUGUAACCAACUUGUUGGACUGCGUGAGAAGCAAUAAUUUCAUGGCCUGCACCCAGCAUGUUACUUGGCCAAUUUUGAAGCAAUUUUCGCCAAGUGUACCAAGCCUCGAAGAGUUGUUCGGUCAGCUUCAAACUCCUGGUCAGAUUCCCGGUAUAAGCCUAAUUCCUGGCUCUGGUCAAGUUCCUGGUAUUAGUCAAAUUCCUGGCUCUGGUCAGAUUCCCGGUAUAAGCCUAAUUCCUGGAUCUGGUCAAAUUCCAGGUGCGGGUCAAAUUCCUGGUGCCGGCCAAAUUCCUGGAGCCAGUCAGAUCCUUGGUAUAGGUCAACUUCCUGGGCAGAUUUUUCCUGGAAAUCCUUUCGCUGAACGUCCCAUACAGUUCCCUCUCCCUCAACGUCCUACGGUACCGAGUGGAAUUCAAACUGGCAUUCCUCAGUUUCCAGGAUUGCCUAGCUUUGGCAGCAUAAAUUAUCCGCAAAUUCAAAUCCUGUCGGAUGCGCCGAAAGAGUCAAAGUUGCAGGAGCUGAAGUUUCAAGAGCAAACAGUUCAGUCGAAAGUUGCGCAUGCAGUGGAACAGGCAAACCAGAUAAGUGGAGAAUCGAGGGCUUCGAAUACUGCGUCAGUAGGUGUUAAAAUGUUAUCUCCACUAUUGCUGUUGAGUACGGUUGUGUCCAUAAUGGGCGGCUACGUGCCGCCCGGGCCGAGAUUCGGAUGCCCCAAAGACGCGAUUUACAUUUAUCCCUGCACUUGUCUUCGGGGCAGUGACAGAGGUUUAUACAUCCGCUGCGAGAAUACAAAUCUGGCCAGUCUCAGUGUUGCUUUCACGAAUCUGGGAAACGAGGGCAUGCCGAUCGAGGAACUGGUUCUAUAUAAAUGUAACAUAGUACGAUUCUACGGGCCUGCUCUGUAUCCAUUGGAUGUGCGAGCGCUCAAGUUCAUCGAUACGCCAUUGAGAUUGAUCGAAGAGCACAGUUUUCUUGGCGUGAACCGAACUCUUCAAGAGCUUUAUGUAAUAAACAGCAAUCUGGAAAAAUUUCCUCGCGAAGCACUGCAGAUUCUCGGUAAUCUCAGUCUGUUGAGCAUCACGGGGCAUCGGAUAUCUGCCUUGCUGGGAAAUAGUUUUGGUGAAAGCGCGGCGGCUGCGAAGCUAGAAAAAUUGGAGAUUAGUAACGGUACACUUUCUUCCUUGCCUGUGGAAGCAUUGAUGCCACUCAAGAAACUUAAAACUCUUGAUCUUCAUGGCAACAAAAUAAAAGACUUAAAGAGAAAUCAAUUCAAAGGUCUAAGAGACACCGAGUUCUUGGAUAUCUCUCACAAUUUAAUCGACAAAUUAGAUCCGUCUCAUUUGGCCGAUCUUGUCAAGAUGGGAUGGUGCAACAUAUCGCACAAUGCUAUCGCCGAUUUGAAAAGAGGAACCUUCGCCCGGAAUUCCGUCUUGAAGGUCUUAAAUUUGAGCCACAACAAAAUCAGGAAACUUGAUUCGAACACUUUCCGUGGCAUGCGUUUCCUUAGACGGUUACAUCUGAGCGACAAUCAAAUCGACGACGUGGGUCGUGGAACUUUCGGUUCCGUUACCAGAAUCGGCACCGUCGAUCUUUCUCGAAACUUCAUCAAGAAAAUCGACUUCCAAAUGUUCAAUCAGUUACAAUUUGCUGAGCUUAUAGAUGUUUCCGAGAAUUUCGUGACGAUCGUGGAGAAAUUGGCGUUCAAAGAUAUCUAUCUGGCGAAAGUGAAUCUGUCUCACAAUGAAAUUUCGAAGAUCGAAUCAGGCGCUUUCGAGAAUUGUGCGAAUAUUACAUUAUUGGAUCUCAGCCACAACAAGCUCGAGAAUAUCUCAAAGUAUUCUUUCGAUAGUGCGUCGUAUGCUAUGGAAUUACAACUUAGUUAUAAUCUAUUUACGUCUCUAAAUCAGAUUCCAAUGCACAACAUGACGGGGUUGAAAAUCUUAAACGUUUCCCACAAUUUGAUACAUUCCGUUCCACGGCAGACUUUUCCAAAGCUGUACGAGCUCCACACGAUCGACAUCUCGCACAACAAUCUAUCCGAGAUUCAUAACGCCGUAUUUCAGACGCUCUUCAGCUUGCGAUUCUUGAACAUGUCGCAUAAUUCUCUAGAGAAAAUAAAACCGUCGACUUUCGGACCGCUGCCGACACUUCUAGAACUCGACAUGAGUUACAAUCAAUUAAACGACGUUGCACGGGGUAGUCUCACUCGAUUAGCCAGUUGCAGAAGUUUGACGGUAAAAAGUAACCGUUUGACAAAGAUUUUCCAAUUGCCAAUUUCUCUGGGUCAUUUGGACUUCUCGGAGAAUCUGUUGGAAGAGAUACCGAGCACCGACGUGUGGCCUACGAUGAAUGCAUUGCUCUCGCUAGACCUUUCGCGGAAUCAGCUGGGCGAUAACCUGCAAGGGGGGAGCUUUGAAAACCUGCUGACCUUGAGAAUCUUAAACCUGCAAGCGAAUAACAUUACAAAACCGCCUUGGCAAGCACUCGGCGGUCUGAGCAGCCUGCAGUAUCUUUAUCUGCAGGAUAAUUACUUGACGAAACUGGAAAAAGCCGCCUUCGGCCGUCUGCCGAUAGUAUUUGAGCUGAACUUGGCGAACAAUAAAAUAAAUGACGUAACGAGCCGGGCGUUCGAGGGCCUGUUGCAGCUGCUAACGUUGAAUUUGACGAACAACAACAUUAGCUACAUACCGAACGGCGCGUUUCAGGGUCUAGUAUCUUUACGAACACUCGACCUGUCACAUAAUAAAUUGGAGAAGCUGGACAACAAGACGCAUGGACUGCUCGACGAUUGUCUGUCUCUGGAGAGACUCAACCUUAGCCAUAACGAGAUAUCGUUUAUCACCCGGAAGACCCUUCCAAAUGAUCCCUGGAUUCCUUAUAGACUAAAGGAAGUUGAUUUAUCCUAUAAUACAAUGCCGGUCGUUACCUUCGACUUCAUCGCCGGUGCUAAAAAGAUUCAGUAUUUGAAUCUUUCUCAUAACAACAUUGAUGAGAUCAGGAGAUAUGUAAUCGGGAAUUUAACGGCUUUGCAGACGUUGGAUUUAUCGUAUAAUGACAUAAGUGACAUCUCCGAUCAAGAUGUCUUUCUUCCACCGUUAAAUUUGACCAACUUGCAUCUGAGUAACAACCAUUUAAGCCAUGUGCCUCUCGACAAAAUUCUAUCACUGCCGAAUCUAAAAGUUCUCAAUCUGGAAGAAAACGAGAUCGGUGUUUUCGAUGAGAGGUUCAUGAAGAUUAUUCAGAACGGCACGGUGUUCAAAUACUCCGGUAAUCCCAUGCACUGUGAUUGUCAUGUGCGGCCAUUGAAGAGAUGGCUAAAAUCUCAAACGCAAUUUCCAACGGAAUGGUCGGACGUGAUGUGUAAAAGUCCGAAUUAUCUCGCAAAUAAAUUUAUCUCGGAAGUAACCGAGGAUCUUACGAACUGCGGCGAGAGGGAUAUUCAAGAGGAGCCCGAACUCGACAUCACACCUGAUGUGAAAUAUCGAAGCAUUGAUUACGAUAUCGAUGAUAAAAGUUGGAAAGCGACAUGGUACGUAACAUCGCGCGAAGAUAUCGGUGACUUCUACGUGGUGGUUCGGGAAUCCGGUAGCAGCAAAUCCAUGCUCGAAAAGGAUAUUGUCUACAGCGAGAGAUCCUUCAAAAUCAACGAUCUGAAGAGGUCAAACACCAAGUACGAGCUCUGCGUGCUCGCGCGUGACUCUGAAGGGAACGUCAAGCAUUAUAGAAAUUCGCAGUGUCAGAUUUUGAAUCAGCACUCGAGCUCGACUGAUAGUCUCAGGGCGAGCCUGUACUUCGUGAUAGUCGCUGCUUCCUUUUGCACUCUUAUGAGAUUUCGUUAACUUGACGAAACUAGUAUUCGUAGUAAUUAGAAAAGUAUCUUACGUUUCGUGGAGAUAGUAAGAUAAACGCACGAAGUUAUUAUCUUUAGUUCUCGCUGGUUAAAUUUCCGAUCGUUCUGCUAUUUUAGAUUUUUAUCUAUGUCGCGUUGAAGCGCGAUAAGCGAUGUGAUUGUACAAUAAAUUAAUAAAUGUAUAUUCCUCGAGAAGGUAAGUCCAGUAAAGACGUUACUUAUCGUUAUUUUAACGUGUCAAAAUGACAUCUUGAAGUAAUGUCAAAAUGAUGAUAAGAACUUCAACUUGUUUGCUGGGUGAUAUACUGUGUGCGUUGUACAUAGAACGUAUUGUAUUUUGCUCGGAAGUAGGGACGUUGAACGUCGUGUAUUUAUUUUUGUAAAAUAUAUACCUUG